AUCUCAGUUUGCUUUCAACAUGGGGAGGCAUGUGCUCUUUUAUAUUUUGUUGGCACUGAGUCCUGCUUUUGUAACUUCAGACUUUUUAAUAGAACAACUGAGGAACAUCAAGAAGAGAAAUGCUGCUGAUGUGCAUACCCAUGGCAUAGAAAUCUACUGGGUGAAAAUUGAUUCCCACAUUACUUCUCGGUUUUCCCGUAACAUCAUCACAAGCAGAGCUGUAAAUCGGGCUAACGUCUCAAAAGAAGCCUUCUUUGAUGUAGACCUUCCUAAAACUGGCUUCAUUACCAAUUUUACCAUGACAAUUGAUGGUGUUGUCUACCCUGGAAUUAUAAAGGAAAAAGAAGUUGCUCAAAAACAGUACCAACAAGCAGUUUCAAGUGGACGGACUGCAGGUCUUGUGAAAGCUUCUGGAAGAAAAACAGAAAAAUUCAGUGUUUCCGUGAACAUUGCAGCAGCCAGCAAAAUCAUUUUUGAACUGACAUAUGAGGAGCUGUUGAAACGGCGUUUUGGAAAAUAUGAGCAGUUCAUAAAAGUAAACCCAAAGCAACUUGUCAAUAAGUUUGAGAUAGAGGCCAAUAUCUUUGAGCCUCAAGGUAUCAGUGAACUUGAAGUAGAAGGAACAUUCCUCAACAAUGAACUGUUACCAGUUUUAAAAAAGUCUUAUUCAGGAAAAAAGGGCCACGUGUCUUUCAGUCCCACCAUUGAUCAACAAAAAACUUGUGACAAUUGUACAACCACUUUGCUGGAAGGAGAUUUUAUCAUAAAGUAUGAUGUGAACAGAGACUCUCCUAGUAAUUUACAGGUUGUCAAUGGAUAUUUUGUACAUUUUUUUGCACCCAAAAAUCUUCAACAUUUGCCAAAGAACAUUGUCUUUGUAAUAGAUAUCAGUGGCUCUAUGUAUGGACAGAAAAUUCGCCAGGCAAGGGAAGCAUUUGUCAAGAUAGUUGAAGAUCUAAAGGAAGAGGAUCACUUUAAUAUUGUAUUGUUUGAGAGUUCCGUUUCUAAAUGGAAAGAAAGCUUAAUUCAAGCCACACCUGAAAAUGUGGAAGAAGCAAAGACAUUUAUUGCGAAUAUUGUAGAUAGAGGAGGAACAGAUCUUAAUGAUGGUUUACUGACUGGAAUUAAUAUGCUGAAUAAAGCUCAUGAAUUGGGUACUGUUCCUAGUAAAAGUGCCUCUUUGAUUAUCAUGUUAACAGAUGGUGAUGCCAAUGAAGGUGUCUAUGACCCAAACAGGAUUCGGGAGAAUGUAAAAAAUGCAACUGAGGGAAAAUACCCUUUGUACAAUCUUGGGUUUGGUUAUAAUAUGAACUAUGGAUUUUUGGAAGAGUUAUCAAAAGAGAACAAUGGAGUGGCUCGUCGCAUCUAUGAAGACUCUGAUGCAGCCCUACAGUUACAGGGUUUCUAUGAUGAAGUAGCAAAUCCCUUGCUUACUGAAAUUGAAUUAGAAUACUCUGAAAAUGCCAUCUCUGACUUGACUCAAAAUAAUUUUAAACAUUACUAUGACGGUUCUGAAAUCGUUGUUGCUGGACGAAUUACAGACAACGACCUGAACAGCAUUGUUGCAGAAGUGAAAGCUCAAGGCGCAGUUCAGGAUCUGACUUUCACUGAACAAGCAGAUGUAGAGGAAACAGCCAAAGCUUUUGAAGAGCAGCAAUAUAUAUUUGGAGACUAUAUUGAGAGACUUUGGGCUUAUCUCACCGUUCAGCAGCUUCUAGACAAACGUAUGAUAGCAAAGGGAGAUGAAAAAGACAAUCUUACAGCUGAAGCCCUGGAAAUGUCUCUGAAAUAUAAGUUUGUGACACCUUUGACAUCAAUGGUGGUCACAAAACCAGAAGACAAUGAGGAGAAGGAAGCAGUUGCUGACAAGCCACUGGAAGCUGAAGCAAGACGGCAAUCAUUCCCUACUACUUAUGCUGCUCCGUCAACUCCUUAUUAUUAUUCUAGUGUUGAUGGGGAUCCACACUUCAUUAUAGCAGUGCCUAAUAAAGAAGAUGCCCUUUGUUUCAAUAUUAAUGAAGCCCCAGGAACUGUGCUAAAUUUAAUAAGAGACCCAAUUGCAGGCAUUGUAAUCAAUGGGCAGCUUAUUGGUGAUAAGAAAAGCGACAAUGAUGCAAUACAACACAAUACAUACUUUGGAAAACUUGCGAUUAUAAAUAUACACCGGGAUUUAAGAAUUAAAAUAACCACUCAAGAAAUCAUCCUUCAGCAGGGUGUAAAACAGAUUGUAUUCAACUGGAUGGAUAAAAUUACCUUACGGCAACCAAGUCUGACUCUGAUAAUCAAACCAAAAAAGAGCCUGGAGAUUUCAAUGGAUGACGGUGCAAGAUUUGUUGUUGUUUUGCAUGCGUGGAAGAAACAUCCCGUACACCAAGAUUUCCUAGGAUUUUACACAUUGGAUAGUCACAGACUGUCUAACCAAACCCACGGCUUGUUGGGACAAUUUUUCAACCCAAUUGACUUCGACAUACUUGAAGUUCACAACGGUUCAGAUCCACAGAAACCAGAUGCCACCAUGGUUGUAAAAAAUAAAUACCUGACAGUGACCAGGGGAUGGCAGAAAGAGUAUAUAGAAGACAUCCGGCAUGGUGUCAAUGUCCCUUGCUGGUUUAUUCACAACAACGGGGAAGGCCUCCUUGAUGGUGUGCAUACAGACUAUAUUGUUCCCAGUAUAUUUUGAUUUAAAGAAUAUAUCAUUUCUCAUCCUGAAAUUGAUUUUUCAUAAUGUGAUGCUGGAUAAUCUACAUUUUAUAUUCAUGGCAAUAACACACUACCUAUGAAAUUACUUCUGUGGCCUAUUGUGACCUAUUCUUCAGAGGAUGUCAGUUGUCAAACACCACAGGUUUCAGUUUUAAUCAGAGAACUGAAAUAUGGAAGGGAAUCAGACUGGAUCAGAGCAGAGGCUUGUCUUGUGCAGUAUUCAUCCUCUGGUGGCCAAGAGGAAACCCAUAAGAAUCUGCUUCAUGUAUUAAAAAUGAAUAUAUAUGUGCAUUGCUUAACUUGCAUUUCGGAAAUAAAUGUCAUAAUUCCAUAACUAUA